AUGCGCUCCGACUACAUUUCUGGGCGGAAAAGCAGCGAGAGAGCCCAGUUCAGAGAGCGGCCAGAGCCUGCCUUCGGGGAAGUGAACCAGCUCGGGGGGGUGUUUGUCAACGGGAGACCCCUGCCCAAUGCCAUCAGGCUGCGGAUUGUGGAACUGGCGCAACUGGGGAUCAGGCCGUGCGACAUCAGCCGGCAGCUGCGCGUUUCCCACGGCUGUGUCAGCAAGAUCCUGGCUCGCUACAACGAGACGGGCUCCAUCCUACCGGGGGCUAUCGGAGGCAGCAAGCCCCGGGUCACCACCCCCACGGUGGUGAAACAUAUCCGGACCUACAAACAACGGGACCCGGGCAUCUUCGCCUGGGAGAUCCGGGAUCGCCUUCUGGCUGACGGCGUGUGCGACAAGUACAACGUGCCCUCGGUCAGCUCCAUCAGCCGCAUCCUCCGCAACAAGAUCGGCAACCUGUCCCAGCAGGGCCACUACGAAUCGUACAAGCAGCACCAGCCGCCGCCGCAGCCGGCUCUGCCCUACAACCACAUCUACUCAUACCCCAGCCCCAUCGCCGCGGCCGGCGCCAAGGGGCCCGCGCCCCCCGGCGUGGCCGCCAUCCCCAGCGCCAUGGCCAUGCCCCGCACCUGGCCCUCCUCCCACUCGGUCACGGACAUCCUGGGCAUCCGCUCCAUCACGGACCAAGCAGUGAGCGACACUUCGCCGUACCCCAGCCCCAAGGUGGAGGAAUGGGGCAGCCUGGGUCGGAGCAGCUUCCCCGCCGCCCAGCACGCCGUGAACGGGCUGGAGAAGAGCUCCCUGGAGCAGGAGGCCAAGUACAGCCAGGUGAUGUGGAUGGCACCCCAUUCGAGCCCCAUUUGUGAGACCUGCCUCUUUCUGGCCACCUGCUUCCACGGCCAAAACACAGUGCCCUGCUCACCCACCCACAUGGCUCCAGGGCACUCCACCUGGAUGAGACUAAUAAAGAAAGUCAGAGAGGCACCCAGUGGUCUCUCCRCCGUUGGCAGCUUCGUCUCAGCCCCGGCCAUGCCCCCGUACGCCACCCCAGCCCAAGUGUCGCCUUACAUGACGUACAGCGCCGCGCCGUCGGGCUACAUGGCGAGCCACGGCUGGCAGCACGCUGGCGGCACCCCGCUGUCGCCCCACGGCUGCGACAUCCCCGCCUCGCUGGCGUUCAAGGGCAUGCCGGCCACCCGCGAGGGCGGCCACUCGCUCACAGCCUCGGCGCUCUGA